GAUGUGCUGGUGUCCGCGGCGUUGCGGUGGGCUAUUACAGAAUGACCUUGCGCUGAGCCUUUGUGGAAGCAGCAGGAUUUAAACAUCGGUUCUUCAAUGUGCAUCCUUCUAUUCAAAUUUGACCCCCGACCAGUUUCAAAAAAUGCAUACAGGCUUAUUCUAGCAGCUAACAGAGAUGAAUUUUACCACAGACCAUCUAAAUCAGCAGAUUUUUGGGACAGCAGCAAUGAGAUCCUUAGCGGUCUGGAUAUGGAGGAAGGAAAAGAAGGUGGGACGUGGCUGGGAAUCAGUAAGAAAGGCAAGAUGGCAGCUCUGACAAACUAUAUGCAGCCGAAGAUUGAUAAAAAUGCAAAAGGAAGAGGUGCUCUUGUAAGAAACUUCUUGACUGCAGAUCUGGACAGCUACUCUUACUUGAAGAAAGUUUCAGUGGAAGGACAUCUUUACAAUGGAUUUAAUUUAUUAGCAGCUGACUUGAAUACCACCAAAGGAGAUGUAAUUUGCUACUAUGGAAACAAAGGAGAACCAGAACCUGUUUUCCUAAAUCCUGGAAUAUAUGGAUUGAGUAAUUCUUUGUUGGAUACACCAUGGAAGAAGCUUCAAUAUGGGAAGCAACUUUUCACAGAAGUGGUCAAGAGAAGUCAAGACCUUACCAAAGAAGACUUGGUGCAGGAGCUUCUUACAGUGAUGAAUAAUCAAGAGCCUCAAUUACCAGACCCUGCGAUUGAAGACCAAGGGAAGGAUUAUAUACGUCCUAUAUUGAACAAGUAUGCGGCUGUAUGUGUUCGUUGCCCAGGUUAUGGAACAAGGACUAACACGGUCAUUCUCAUUGAUUCAGAAGGACGGGUUACUUUCACAGAGCGCAACAUGAUCAAUGCAGAUGUCAACCAGUGGAAAACAAGCACCUAUGAAUUCAAACUGCACACUUAACAACUUUCCAUUUGAAUGGUUUGUAAUAAUAGCAAUGAGAGAACAAGCCAUUAAGCUCUAGUAAAUGUUUUGUGCCAGCUGCCACAAGCUAAAAAUAGCAAGGAAAGCAAAAGUUUAAAUAAACUGGCAGCAUACCCUAUCAGGCUCACCAAUCCUUUGGAUAAAACCAAAAGAAGAAACUGUUUUUACAUUAAGUAGCAACUUAUAAUCAGAAAUAAAUUUUUAAAUAUCAGCCUGCCUCCAGAGCAAGGCCAUCUUUGCCCAAGACAAAGUCAUUGGUUUUUGUGGGCGUUUUUUUUUAAAGAUGUUUUAAGUAGACUCUUAAACAUGUUUUGAGUUUUGAGGAGGGGAAACAUUUGCUGCUUUUAUUUUUCUAUCUGAAGGUUUUACCAAACUUUGCUUUCCCUUCAACAUAUGCUUUCAAGAUUGUAUAGCUGAUGCCAAUGUGCAUUGAAUGUAUGUUACCUUUGUAGCAUUACGUGCUUUAGUAACAUUUAAACUUUUCAGCAGUGCCACGGUGCAAUGUUCUGCCUGGGGAGGGCGGAGCAGGGGGGAUUCUUUACAUUUGUUUUCCUGUAGAUAGUACAGCAAUAUAUCUUAUUUCUAAAACUUGAUUUGAGAAUAGAUAGGAAAGAUAGUUCAGUCUCUGUUCAGUUUUACUGAAAAAAUCAUGGCAGCAGAAUUGCUUAUGUUUGACCGGAAUAAAAUUGUUUGUAUUGUGACAUCUUGUUUCCUGAUCGUCUAAUUGGCAAUGUUGGUUUUCUUAUUCUUCGCCAGCAGGCAGGUGAGGAAUAGGUAUCUGUUUGCAAACAGAAGCUGAAUAUGAGGUUUACAUAUAUCAGCUGUUUUGUACAUGUGCAAUUUUGGUUUCACUUCUUUAUUGGUAUAAUAUGUUAAAGCCUGGAGUGAUGGCUCAUAGAUUUUUAGUAAAAAUAGCUAUUUGUUGUAAGGUGACAUUAUUGCAGUCUUAUAAUGCUGAAAAAGUUGGGUAUUAAGAUGCAUUCCGUAUGUUCUAACAUCUGUGAAUUAAAAAGCUAUUUAAAUGCAUGCUUUUUUCAAUUAUUCAGUGCCAGUGUAGGUAAUAGAAGAUUCUAGCUAAUAUCAAGAUAUUUUAAACCCCUAAGUUAUUUUGCUGCUAUUGGUGUUCUGUUUUGACUUAUUUUGAAUGCUGAAUAUUAAGUUAGUAAUGGAUCACUGCUAUUUUUUUCUCUAUAUAUGCUGAAUAUAUUCUUUUUACAAGCCUCAGAUUAUUAAUUAAUUAUUACAAAGUAGCAAGAUUUCUGAUGCUUUUCACAAAGAUAUGCAACUAACUAUUCUUCAGUACUCAAGCUUGUGUGUUCAAGCAUUCUCACUAGUGUGUGUGUGUUUGUAGUGGAGGCAGCAGUAAAUUAGAAUUGCCAUUGAGGUGAAGUACUGUGGAAGACCAUUCCCAGAUCUCUAAUUGCCAGGAGAUGCUAAAGCAGCAUUUAGUCAAUUAUUUCCUUUGUAUUUGCAUACUUAAAUAGCUUCUAGAUACCAGGACUACUUGCAUGACUAGUCACAGGGUGUUGAUUCAGUACUAUAUAAAUGACUUUUUGACCACCUUGAUUGCAAGACGAUCAAUGCAGUCUUGUUCGGUUGUACGUAGUUUCAAACUCGGAGCCUUCCAGACUGUCUUUCUGAGCUGUAGGAAAUGGUUAGACUUUUUUGGGUUUUGAUGACUGUUUAAACCAUAUAUUUGUAUGAAUAAAAAUGUUACUGUUAUUUUUAGAUGCAGAGAAAUAGCCAUAGCUGUCUUAAUUUGAAUUUGACAAAUACAUAUUUAAAACCAAAACUGCUUCGAUGGCUUGCUCUUACUUGAGAGUUUGUGUAGCAAACUUUUAUAUCUUAAGAAAAAAAUUACCAGUGUAUAUUUGAACAAGACAUUCUCUUUGAAGACAUUAUCUAAAUGGCAAGCAAAAGGUUUGCAUGCCGUUUCAUGCUAAAAGCGUUUAUAAACCUUAGUUUUUAUAGUAGUCCUGUAAUAAUGAAAAUUUAUUCUUAUUUUUUACAUAUAGGCAAAAGAAAAGCAAGUCAGAGCUUAGAUGUAAAAACAGAUGAUGAUAAUGUAUUUUGCUUUGCUUGAAUCAAAAUUCUAAAUCUGGGAUUUGUUUUUUUUUGACAAUUAAAAUAAACAGUAAAGAACCAAAACCUCUGAUGUUGGUUUUUAUUAUGGCAGAAUAGUUAACAAAGUGAGCUUUUUUAACUUCUUCUGAAGCUUAUAAGAGUUUUGUCAUUGGCUUCAGUGGAAACAGGAUCAGGACUGCAGUGCAGAUAUCAGCAAAUGGUGCUUGUCCAUAGGAAUGAUCAGGUAUUCAUGAAGUGCAUAAUUUACUGUGUGCAAAUUGUAGUUGCAAUGAAUCCACUGGAAAAAGUAAACUGUAGCUAAAGUUACAAGGAAAGUAUUUUAUUUUUAUAAAAGUAUUCUUAAGAAUAAAAGGGGAUUUUAAAUAUCAGUUUCAAAGGAUAUAAAGGAAAAAAGUGUAUAUAGGAAACUACUGCAUGGCAUUUUACUAAGUUUGCUUAUAUAUAACAUCUUUUCAAAGUCAUAAAUUUGCAAGAGAUUUUUGUUUCCUGUCUUUUUUCUAUCAAAAUGGUAGUGGAAGAAAUUUUUAAAAAUAUGUAAAAACUCAAUUUUUUUUGCUUGAAUUUAUGAAACUUGUUUCAUAAUUGUUGUUUACAUGUGUGUUCAAAACUAGAAUCAGAAUAAAGUCAAUCUAGUGACCAGUCUU